AUGGAAGUUAGCAACGUAACCACAGUCACUGCAUUUGUUCUCCUGGGGCUAUCCAACAACCCUCAGAUCCAGAUACUACUUUUUGGGCUAUUCCUGGUGAUUUACUUCUUGACCCUCACAGGGAACCUGAUGAUGCUGCUGGUGAUCAGUACUGAUUCCCACCUCCAUACCCCUAUGUACUUCUUCCUGAGUCACCUCUCUUUUCUGGAUGCUUUCUAUUCCUUGACCAUUGUACCUAAACUUCUGGAGAACCUUCUUUCUAUAUGGAAGACCAUAUCCCUCCUUGAGUGUUUCACCCAGAUCUCCUUGGUCAUACUUUCUGGAGCCACUGAAGCUUGCCUCCUUUCAGUCAUGGCCUAUGACUGGUUCCAGGCUGUGUGCCACCCUCUGUUUUAUGUGGUGGCUAUGAACAGGAGGGUAUGUACUGGCCUGGUGGGGGCAUGCUGGGCCAUAGGAAUGGGGACCAGCCUGAUUAACACCCUCGUCUUGACUCAGCAGUACUUAUGUGGCCCCAACUUCAUCUGCAGUUUUGCCUGCGAGCUUCUCCCAGUGCUCCUGUUGACCUGUUCUGACCCUUACACUAGCACUGCCUGUAUCUUGACCAGCAUGUUUGUCCUGGGCCUGGGCACCCUUGUCCCAUUGCUGGAUUCCUACAUCCAUAUCAUUAUGACAGCUCUGGGAAUCAACUCUGCCAAUGGUCGGAGCAAGAUCUUCUCCACCUGCUCUUCUCAUUUCUUUGUGACCACCGUCUUUUAUGGUUCAGGACUUUUCAGGUACAUGACUCCAGCAGCUGGCUCAGCCCUGGAGCAAGUGCUCUCUGUGCAAUACAGUGUAGUGACCCCGCUGCUAAACUCCCUCAUCUACUGUCCAAAGAACCAGGAGGUAAAGGCAGCUCUGAGGAAGAUGCUGGUCAGGAAGUCCAGGUUUACCUUCUAG